UUUGUGUUUGCUUUGUUCCAUUAUUUCCUCGAUAUAUGGGAAAUUUGAAAUCGGAAUUGAAGAUUUCAGAGGAAGAAAGGAUUCGAUCAAUAUUGGGAGAAUUUGAGGAGUAAUCCCUUAAAGUUGAUUUCAACGAUUCGGUUUAUCGACCGAGUCCUUUCGCGCGAUCGCAUAAUCGACAACGCGAUAACUCGUGCAACUUCUGUAGAAAGUCGACCGUCCGGUUUAAUCGUGAUCACGGCAAAAAGGAAAAAAGAUCGAGGAGCAACCUUCAGAAAUUUCAGAAACUGUCAGAGACCCAGUCAACCAUCCAUAGCGUUGUGUGUAGAAAUAUAUUGUUGACUAUACGUAUUAGGACAUCUGUUGAUAUUUAGUAUAAAUUCAGUAUUUUCAAGUGCUUUUAUUUUCCAGUUACUUUAUUGAAAAUCUGUUAUGUCAUUCGCGUCAUGUUACGGUCAAUAAGCUCGAAUAAAUGUAACGAUUAUGCGUGCUAAUACUUUUGAUCGACGAUAUGCAGGCGUCGUCGAUGAAUUUAUUGGCAGCCGGCUUAUCGCUAUUUUGCUUCGUGCAUCCCCUCCAUGGCGACCCUCAAGGAUUCUAUUCGACGAAUUAUGAGCCUUACAAUCCUGCAUUUCACAUAUCAGACCCGGUGCACCGUGUUGCACAAUUUCCUGAACGAUACGAUUCUUCGAGCACUCGGAAAUUUUUACCACGCGUGGCACAGUAUAGAGAAACAUCCGAGGCCACUCCAGAAAAAGAUCAGUUUGAAAAACCUUUGCUCCUGCUGAGUUACUCUAAAGGAAUGACAGAAACGGUGCAGCCAGGAGUAUAUAACAGGUAUAGUGAUUUUGGAUCCGAUGAUCGUGAAGAGAAAGCGAAAGAAGAUAGAAUAAACGUUGAAGAUGAAGAUAAAAAGAGUGACUUGGAUGAGGAGGCAAUUAUAGAAAAGAUGAGGAUUCUAGAUCGACUGUUGUCUGAGGAUUCAGGUGAAAAAGAUUUUGAUACGAAUGUAAUUGGAGACAAGAUCAUCUCGGAAGAAUCGAAGAGGGUUGUCAGAGAAGUGAAGAAGAAGAAGCCGGGAUUGUUUUGGUCCUUGGCAAAAAUCACGUUCGAGGCAAUCAGCGACACGACAUCAGCGAUCAAGGAGAUCGCCACCAUCAUCAAUAACAGCAUCGCUCCUGAUUCGGCUACCGCUAGUACCCUAAUGAAAGAAUCCCUAAAGGAUGCAGAUUCAUCGAACAUGACCAACGUCAACGGAACAGAAACGACGACAUCAAUACCCACGACCACGCCCUUUGUCUUAACUAGACAAGCACUACAGAGUUUAAUCAGGCGAAACGUCUUGGGGCUCGUUAAACUUUUUAAUAUCGAAUGGAAAGACGCAUUAAACCAAUCGGAAACAAACGUGAAAGAGUUCCAGAGGGAUCUAGGAAACCAAAUAGGCAGUUUCUUUCGUGACAGAAGGGACACUUAAAACGACUGAUUGCAUUAGGACAUUUCUUAUUUGAUAAAAUUCCUUCGAUAGUGUACACCCUCCAAGCAUGUAGCCAAAGAUCGAACAUAAGUUUAACCGACUAGUAGUACGUGUAAAAGACCGUUUCUUUUUAUAAUUCGAAUUAAAGAGUUGAAAGCGAAAGCGAAGA